AUCACACAAUACCAGUUUAAACCAUGAGUUCACUGUCAUUUCUACAAAUAUAAUAUCCUUUAUUCAGCGAACCAUUUGGCAAUGACGUCCAGUGUUCAGACGUAAUGGGUCUAUUCGACGAAUUACCCGGGACAUAUGAACUGAAAUGGGGCCCGGACAAAUGGCGCAGAAUCAGAGAGCGCCGUCUUGUGAAGGCUGAUGAAUGCACAACAGAUCGAGGAAGCAAGUAAACAUUGAUUGAAACCAAAUUCUCAUAUUGGUCAUCAAGAAAAAAAGAUGACAAGCUCAGUGCUAUAAAGACAGCCUCGAGUACACGAAGUCGGUCGUGAGCUCUUGUCGUACGCUGCAGGGGAUCGCAGCCCGAGUGGGAGGGGAUGUGGAAGCUGGAUGCUGGGAGACAAGAUGGGAUUAUGAUGUCUGGUUUCGGGAGUGGAAGCACCUACCGAUGCUCGUGUGGACUGAACGGGGGCUGAAGGGUGGGUCUGUGUGUCCAUUGGAUGCGCUGUAGGGCUCGACGCUGGAUGAUCUGAUGCUGCAUGGGCGCAUUGUGAUAUGGGACCGAGAGAGCGAUCGUUUUGAAACACCAAGUCUAUACACUACACUCCGAUGGAUUCCAGGAGACCGUGAAGGGAAACUCUUCAGAAUAAAUACGAGCAAAAAACGCCGAGGCUCGAGGAACUUGGAAAGGGGGCGUGGCCUAAAUCUACCCGGGGAACACCAGUGGGGGAUUUUUUUUUUUAGAACCCUAUAUAGGCCUUUUAUGUGUGUGCGUGUUUGUGUGUGCAUGUGUGUAUGUGUUUGUGUGUUAUCCAGAGGAGCUAAUCGGUUGAAAAACGUAACCGGAAAGAUACCUCUGCAUCAGUAAUUAGGACAUAGGACACAUCGAUACCCGCAACCCGGAUCCGCCAAACCCCGGCCCGCUGGAGCCUCCGCAGGUACCAGAGCCGGUCUGCGCUAUCGACUCGACAGAUAUCUGGAAUAGGUGUUGGGAAGAAGGCCGUUGAGGAGCUAUCUUGUCUGCUGGAACGCGGCUGAGGACGGUGGGAGAGACAGGGCCGGCUGGAGCCCACCUCGUGUGCCGUGUUGCUGCACCCCAGCCCGGGCAGUCAAAGGACCGGGGGCCAGGUGCGGUAUAAGGCCGCCUCGAUGAGCGUCUCAUCCCGGGACAGCGCACCUCGAGCCCGACCGGAGCGUCCACAGCGCCGCGGAUAGAGGAGGGCGACACGAACAGCGGCCGGUUCAGGAGUUUUAAUGCAUAUGAUCACAACCACCAUGAUUUUUAUGAUUCUUGGUGCUUCGAUUGUGAUGGCAGUAGCCUGUUUAAUGGACAUGAACGCGCUACUGGACCGCUUUCACAACUACAUCUUACCGCAUCUCCGGGGGGAAGACCGCGUCUGUCACUGCAACUGUGGAAGACAUCACGUUCACUAUGUGAUCCCGUACGACGGCGAUCACUCGUUGGUGGACUCCUCGGAGAACUACUUUGUGAGCGACAGCGUGACCAAGCAGGAGAUGGACUUAAUGCUGGGCUUGCUGCUGGGCUUCUGCAUCAGUUGGCUGCUGCUGUGGAUGGACGGGCUGCUCCACUGCGCCGUGCGAGCAUGGAGAGCUAGCCGCUACUACGACACCCCCUCCUGGUCGUGGCUCCCCCAGUUCUGCAACCUGCGGGACCUGAGGCGUCGCUCCCAACACCGGCAGCUCGAGGACUCCAGUGGCAACAUGGUGCACAUCAAGCAGAAGCUCUACCACAACGGCCACCCCAGCCCCCGCCACCUCUGAAUCUGAAACGCCCCAAGGACUCAAGUAAAAUACAUUCCCCCACUCCCUAUCCCGCCCACCUGAAAAUACUUCCUCCCUUCUCCCAUUUUAAGUCCCUGAAACUGCUCCAUUGCCAACAGAUGCCUCAGAUCCUGGAGAAAACUGUCCUGCUCUACCACUUGUACGACCACUUGUACGACCACGAGUGCUAUCACUGGUAGGACGCACUAGUGCUACCACUAGCACGGUCAAUUGUACGACAACUAGUGCUAUCACCGGUACGACCACUGGUACGACCACUGGUGCUAACAUUAGUGCCACCACUAGUGCUAGCACUUGUGCUACCACUAUUGCUAGCACUUGUGCUACCACUAUUGCUAGCACUUGUGCUACCACUAUUGCUAGCAUUUGUAAGACCACUAGUGCUAGCACUUGAAGACCACUAGUGCUAGCACUUGUAAGACCACUAGUGCUAGCACCUGUCAACCCCUAGUGUUACCACUAUCGCCAGCACUUGUGCGACCACUAGUGCUAGCACUUGUGCGACCACUUGUGCUAGCACUUGUGCGACCACUUGUGCUAGCACUUGUGCGACCACUAGUGCUAGCACUUGUCAACCACUAGUGUGACCACUAGUACGACCACUAGUGCUCCAACUAGUGCGAACACUUGUGCGACCACUAGUGCUACCACUUGUAAGACCACUAGUGUUACCACUUGUCAACCAAUAGUGCAAACACUUGUGCGACCACUAGUGAGACCACUAGUGCUACCACUAGUGCGACCACUGGUGCUACCACUGGUGCUACCACUGGUGCUACCAAUACUGCGACCACUUGUGCGACCACUAGUGCGACCACUUGUAAGACCACUAUUGCUGGUCAUACCACUUGUACUUGUGUAACCCAGACACCCACUAAUGCCCCCCGUCCCGUCAUAACGUGACUUUCUUAGGACAAAGAAGAUAAAAAGGAAACCUGCCAAACAACACUCCACUAAAUGUCCCGGAAGUUUGAAACGGACGUAAACCAGGAGGGUCCAUGUUUAAUCUUGUGUUACGUCCAUGUGAACCGCUGUGGGGGGAGGGAGGAGGAAGAAAAGAACAAAAAAAUAAAUUAAGGUUAUUUUUUUUCCUGUAUAGAGAGACAUUUUGUGUGUUUAUUGUUCAACUUGGCAUGCUCUUUUAGAACAGGGUAAGAUGUGGGUGUAGUUUGUAAAAUGGCGCCGUGAGAAUGGAGUGUCAUGCGUUCUUUCUCUUUUCUCUAUGAGUGGGUUGGGGGGAGGGGGAGGGGGGGGGGCUGAAUAUUUUUGUGAUGAAAUGGUUAGAUUGCUGCUUCUGUAAAUACUUAUACAUAUUGGGUACGGGGGAUUCCUCAACGGGUGCGUGUGUGGGGAGGAGGAAGUUUUUGUCUUGGUAGUUUACAGAUAGAAACCUAUUUGGAAGUUAAUUGACUUGUGAAUGGCAGUACCAAUAAUGAUCUGAACUGGAGCACAUGUCUGGUUACAAACUAGAUGUAAACCAUUUGAUUUCUGCAACUACAAAAAAAAAGAACAAAACACUGGUUGAUUCGCUUUGUUACUUUGUCAAUUCAAUGAAUGUACUACUUUUCUUUGUUGUAAAUAUGUGCGUGGGAGUGGAGCCCUAGUUCUGGGGUCAGGGUUUUCCUUGCCGUUCUCUUCGGCCCGACAAGACGGAACUGAUCUGUCCUUCUCUCUGUCCUUGUUGUCAGUGCUGUUUUUAUUUUUCAUGAUUGAUGACAGUUUUGAUGCACCCAAUUCCUUCAAAGCUAUCAGGAGCAACCAGCCUAUCCGCGCAAGGAACCCUGACCCAAGCCCCGCCUCCUCUCUGUCCAGACAUUGCUGUUGUGAGGAUGAAAUGUCUGUUUUAUUAAAAGUGCCGUUGAAGCACAUCAGUGAG